AUGGGGAACAAUCAAUGAAGUAAAUACUUUGGAUGUGGAGGAAAGAAAAAUAACUAUGAUACCAUCCAACUUAACAAGCUCAAACUAGUCGGUGUCGGCGCCUUUGGCCGAGUCUGGGCUGUCGAACUAGUCAAAUAUACCAGCGAAAAAGAAACCUUUACUGAUAAUGAUAGUGAUGACAUGGUUUAUGCCCUUAAAGAACUCAGCAAACCUAUCAUUAUCGCAAAAGAAGCAGUAAAUGUAGCUAAUAAUGAAGUAAAGAUACUCCAAGACAUACCUAAUAGCAAGUUUAUAGUCAACAUUUGGUAUUCCUUUCAAGACCAAAAGAAUGCUUAUGUUUUAAUGGAUUACGCUCCUUGCGGAGACCUUUUAUUUCAUAUGAAACGAAUUAAGAGAAGACAGAUCAAGAAAGACGAAAAAGGAGGCACUUUGACUGAGCAUCAAGGCAAGUUCAUGGCCAUGUGUGUCCUAGAAGCUCUCAGAACAAUUCAUGAAGCAGGAGUUGUUCAUCGAGACAUUAAACCUGAAAACAUUAUCAUAGACUCUAAUGGCUAUCCAAAACUCGCAGAUUUUGGAAUUGCAGAGUUCAAUGAAAAUAUUUCUCCUGGAAGCCAAUUCGGCACGCUAAGUUAUAUGGCUCCAGAAAUUAUCUUUGAUCAUAAGUAUUCCUACACUGCUGAUUAUUAUUCCUUAGGUGUACUGAUCCUCCUCAUGGUCACAGGAGAUAUGCUGAGUGUUGGAGGAACUCCGAAAGAAGCUAAGAAUGCGAUUUCAUUAAGAAACGAUUCAAUCACGACGAAGAAAUUCACGAAGAGAUAUCCAUACCUCAGUGAAGAAUGCUGAGACCUGAUUGUCAGCCUCCUAUGCACAAGCCAGCACAAAAGAAUUGGAGUCACCGGUGGUGUCGAAGAAAUCCUGAAGCACGAGUGGUUUGAAGGCAUCGAAAUCGAAAGUAUUAAAAACCAAUCCUAUGUUUCACCCAUUUAUGAAAUAUGCACAGACCAAAAAGCAAUAAUGGAACUCACUUCUAAUGACUACGACAGAGGGGAGAGCACAAGCUUUUGGAGAAAGAAGGAGAACAAGGCGAUGAAGAUGAUAGCCAAAGCAGUCGAUUACGGUAACAACUGGGAGUCCCACUUCACUGCAUUCGAUUAUCUCAAUGUCAUCUUCGAAGAUGAAGAUAAUCCAUUUGAGAAAACAGAAAGAGUGAGGAGGCAUACUAUGUCAUCCAUCUCAAAGCAAAGAAAUGGGUCUCUUUCAGAUAUUAUUGAAAGAGACAAGCUCAGAGCUGAGCUUAGCAAUGGAAAUGAAGAAAACCCAAAACCUAGAAUGGGAUUACAUAGAAUAAGUGAGCCCAAGAGCGAACAAGGAGGCAAGACAAUAACCCCAACUAAUGAAAGAAAGAGCAUUAUGACUGAGGGCAAACUUAGUCCUGAUGAUAAAGUUGAUUCAGAGAAGUCACCUGAAAAAUCACUUUAA